CUCAAAGUGCCAACAUAGGACAGUUUUGUGUUGGACUCCAAUGAGUGCAGACGGUUUUUCUGUAGUCAUCUCCGGUAACUCGUGUCGAUCGAUCGUACCUCUUGGAGACUUCAAAUGUUCUCAAAUAAUACGCACCUGAGUGACAUCGUUUGACGAAACAAAAAGUGAUUCAUUUCACCCGAAACCGAACUUCUCUUUUCGCCAAAUUAUCUUUCUUUUUGUUUUCGAAGUUAAUUGUCGUUUUUUCGGGCUUGCAAUAAAGAAAGUUUUUUUUCCCUUACGGAUUGUGUUUUUCCAGAAAAAUUUUUGCUCUUAGGCUGUCUGGCAAAAAUUGUAAUCCAUUAACGGUACUGAGAGACAAAACGUUAAUCCCUGGGAGAUUAAAUCGCAGUGUGAUUUUUAAUUAAAGAAAAAGUUUUUCAGUGCUGUUUUCACUCGAAAAAAAUUAAAAAAUACUCUCUAAUUCGGUAUUGCACGCAGAUUUGGAUUCUUUUUCGAAAUAAACCGACAUUUAUGGUGAAUUUCGGAGGAAAUAGAGUGUAUGAUGUUUUGUGAUUAAUUCACCGAGGAAAAUUGGUCAAAAAACUGUUGUUUGUGAGAGAUUCACCUGUGGAAAAUCAUUGGACUUUUCGGUGGACAAUUGAAUUAGUUUUUGUUUUUCUUUUUGGCAGGGGGUGGAAUUUAGCCCUAAACUCCCAUGAAUUUUCCAUUUGAUCGCGUGCUACGUCAAAUGGUUGUAACGUAUUGAUUGUUGAAUUUAUGCUGCCUCCACCGUUAGAGAACUUCUGAAAAAAAAAGAGGAAAAGCGUGCAAGAGUGUAAAAAAGGGGGACCCCAAACAGUGUUUUCAUGUCCGAGUAACGCAGGGGUGAGUUUCCUCAAUCGAGUGGUUUUUUGAGUAAAUUGAGGAACUCUUCGGACCAAAGAACCAAGAAAAGUCACAGUGAGAAAAUUGGUGUGAUAACUUACCCUGGAAAAUUGACAGAGUUCAUAAAGCCGAUUUCGAGUUUCUUUUCGGAUUUUUUUUUGGUGAAUGUGGAAGUUGGAAAAAUAUUUGGAUUAUUGAAAAGAAAAACGCCUAGAAAGUUAAAUUAGACAGUGUCACGCAAUUUUUCCUUCUUAAGAGAAGAGAGAGAACCUUCUCUGACCACUUUUGCAUAAAAGGACCAUUAAAAGUGAAUAAUAGUGCUUUUGGGAAGAAGAACAUUUCCUUGGUGGGUGAAUAAAUUUUCCACGAUGAUUGAUUCCACUGGAGGACUUUUCAUCACUUCGAGAUAGGACCUGCACGAAAUCUCUACGUUGUCAGUUGAUGAGCGGCAAAAGAUCGCGCAGUUUCAAGUGUGCCGUCCAUCAUCGUGACAGGGAAGUUUGUUCUGAAAACGAUUUUCACAUCAUUUUUCAGGAUCCACCAUUUUUCGAAAGAAUGGUUCACGUGAUUGCGAUGGAAGUGCUUCCGGAGGAACGAGACCGGAAAUACUAUGCAGACAAUUAUUCAUGUUGUCCACCUCCACUCUUUGUGAUAUUUGUGACGCUGGUUGAGCUGGGCUUUUUCACAUACCAUACACUAACCUCUGGUCAAGCUGAUCCAGCUGGACCUGUUCCCAUCGACUCUAUGUUCAUCUACCGGCCGGACAAGAGGCAGGAAGUAUGGCGAUUCCUCUUCUACAUGGUUCUCCAUGCAGGGUGGUUCCAUUUGGGCUUCAAUCUCGUGGUGCAACUGCUGGUUGGUUUGCCACUUGAGAUGGUUCAUGGCUCUACUAGAAUCGGCUGCGUAUAUCUUGCUGGAGUUUUGGCGGGUUCACUCGGAACCAGCGUUUUUGAUCCAGAGGUGUACCUGGUGGGCGCCAGUGGAGGCGUCUACGCUCUCCUGGCCGCUCAUUUGGCCAAUGUGAUGCUGAACUACAGCAAUAUGCAGUAUGGAAUCGUCCGAUUGGCGGCGAUAUUCAUUUUCGCUUCUUGUGAUGUUGGCUUUGCGAUCUACUCGCGAUAUGCUGUGGAGAACACAACGGCGCCAUCUGUGUCAUAUGUGGCGCAUCUGACGGGUGCCUUGGCUGGCCUUACUAUUGGCCUGUUGGUACUCAAGAAUUUCGAGCAGAAACUGCAUGAGCAACUCCUUUGGUGGGUAGCUCUGGGUGUUUAUGCAGCCUGCACAAUCUUUGCUGUGGUCUUCAAUCUCCUCAAUACAGUCACGGUACAGCGACUGGAGGAGCAGGGGGAGGUGAUCAAGGAGCACAUAUUCCACGAUCUCGGUAUUUAAGAGACUACAAAAGGCGUCUUUUUUGGGUUUAUUGUCCUUAUUGUAGGAUGAAUCGAGGAAAAAUGUAUAUUUUGUACACUUCUCAUUGAAAAAAAAAUGUUUCCCUGUAAUUUAUUCUCAGUCUAAAUUGGAGGAUUUUUUUUACUGUUCUCCAAUUUUGAACAAAAUAUGUAAUUAUUUUCCUGUAAUUUUUUUUUGCAUCUAUUUAUGUUUAUGUUGUGUAAAUAGGAUUUUUUCUUCGGGAGUGAGAAACUGAUUGAGAGAAAACUGAUUAUUCUGUAAAUAAAAAAAAGUAUUUAUUAGAUUUUUUUUGUGUAAAUACAAUUGAAGGAACUGGAUCCUGCUGUGGAUGAUGUUACAAAUAAUCCCACUUUUUUUCUGUCCCACAAGAUGCAUCACAAAGAAUUCAAAGUUGUAGGAAAUAGGAAGAGGAGAUAGUGAAUAUUUCUAGAGACGCAACACAAAAUCAUGUCACUUUUAUCUUUCAAAUUUGAAAAGGAAAUGGGAGUUUUGACCACUGAAUUAGCGAUGAAAAAAUUUAUCAAAAUGGAAGAAUAAAGGCCUAAUUUCUAUUGAAAAUUGGAGCAAUUUGUUCCCCCUAUCUCUUCAUGUCUUUAUCACUUGUUAUUUGUUUAUUCUGUUGCUAAUUGUGACUAUUUUUUUUCUUUUAUUAACCUCUGAACUCAAUGCAUUGUUCGUUUGUGUUGUGCAUUUAAACCAAAGACUGAAAUCCAACAUAGAAAAAAAAGAUAAAUUGCUACAAAUGAAAUAUUCCAGGGCUGCAAAAUAGAUUUUCUUCACAAAAACUGGGUUAAAAAAAUUCUUUCAAUAAAAAAGACGUAAAGAAAAAUAUUCUGUGGGCAAAAAAAAAAUAGAAAAAAAUAAAAGGAAUAAAAUAAAUAUUAAACUAGUCAAUGUAGAAAUAAAGUGAGAAAUGUAGAAAGGAAAUUAUAACAAAUAAAAAGAAAUCGCAAAGAUUAGCACUGUAAGAUAAUAAUUAUUGAAUUUCAUUUGAUCUUUCGAAAGUAUUUGGAAAUAUUGAGAUAGUGAAAUGAUCGAGUAAUUUAAUGGAACAAAAAAAAAAAGAAAUAAACUUAUUCAAGUCACAAUAUUCAAAGA